AUGGUCGUAACCCGAGAACAAGCACUCGAGAAGGAGCUGCGAGACAUCACUCGGGCACUUGAGAAAGAGAAAGAAGCACACACUACAACCAUACAAGAAUUGGGCAGAACAAGGUCGAUUCUGCAAGAGGUGAAGCGCACAAGCAGGGCGGAAAGAGCUGAUUUGGAGCUCAUGACCUUGAAGUGCGCACUCCUACAACAAGACGCGGAAGGCAACGCAGAGAAGGGAGUGGUUCACACAGAUGACAAGAACCUGCGAGGCAUGUUACCCGAUGCACCAGUACAUCCCCCAGCAAAGUACGGAGCGCGUUCGAUCCCUCCUCCGAGUGACUUCGACCGCUCACUUCCGCCACAUUCUGGUCCCGAAAACCACCAUGGCGAGCGUUCCGAUCGUCUGGGGGACGACAUGACUGCCCGUUCUACGCGUGGUACGAAGCGCACUGUCGAUGAGAUGAAGUAA